AUGCCGGCACCUGCACCGGCACCGGCUGGUGAGGUGGGGAUUGUCUUCGCUGAUGCUGCCCCCGCACCCGCGCCGGCCUUUCCGCCCGCCUUUGCAGCAGCCAAAGGGAAGCCGGGAGAGCUGCACCUGACAGCAGGAGGUCACUGUGUGGAAGUGAUCGUCAAAGCAGACCGCGACAGCCGAUCGAUGCAGCUGAAGUAUAACGGGCCCGACACUGGCCACUUGGACACCGUGAUUCCUGGCCAGGUUCUCUUCUGUGACCCGGUUGUCCCUGCAUGCGUGCAGCCAGAGCUGGACAGCUGCAAGGCCUUCACGCCGUCCUGUGGCGGAGCUCCAGCACCUGCCCCAGCACUCGUGGCUGUGCCGCCACCAGCGCCAGCGUCAAUGGAGCCCUCCAUUCCUCCAGGCUGGACCGUCCCGAAGAUGAUGCAGGCACCGGAGCCCGGCAGUGGUGUGGAAGACUUCAGAUUUCCAGGCUUCACUUGGAAGGUGUACUCGGGACUGGAUCCGACCACCGUCCACCUCGUUGUCACCGCACAGGUAGAAAUCUUCAGCAAUGCUUUGACCGAGGCAGCUCUCCGAGCGAUCGAGAAACUCCGCGCGGAGGAGAUGUGGGGCCCGCCGAAGGAGCCGAAGGGCUCAACAGACGCGGGUGACCAGCAAAGUGUGCCUUCACGCGUCAAGCGGGGAGAUUCCCAGGACGCGGACCGUGAGAGGAGGCGUGGGGAGAUUCCGGACCACUUUGUGGGCCCUGGGACUACAAUCUUGGGCCGUUCGAGCUCUCAUGGCAAUGUCAAGGACCCAGCAUUCCUGGGCCGACAUCGACGGCACGGGGCUGGUGGCCCGCCGCGAAUCCAUGGAUUCGUUGGACAUGAGCGCGAGGACAUAUGCCCUGGCGAUUUUGGCUGGCUGGGUGCAGGCCGACGGCACUUCAGCACGAAGGACCAUAUGCUGGCGGCUGGGAUGUCCUCGGGGCAGGCUUCACCCAAAGGAAAGAAGCUGAUGCCAGCCCAAGACCAUCUGCAAUCCGGCUGGGCAGUACACAUACCGCCCGAGCACGAAGUCCGCCACGGGCGGCAGCGCGAGGCAGCCUUCCAUAAUGGCCUGGAGCGUUUCAUUGGCCAUGGUCGGCGCCACCGUCCCGAAUGGGUGCAGAAGGACAACCCGUUCCGGCCGAUACAAGAUGCUACUCCCGGGCCCCGGCGACGUCCAGUGGGAGGCGCCGACCACAUCGUGCCGGGCUGCGGGCAGGCAUCCUGCCUGGAGGAUGCAUCUCCUGUGGGAAGGCGGCACUUCGGUGCAGCGGACCGAGCUUCUGCUUCACGGUUCAGUUCGUGCAAGCUCACAUUUCGGGAAGAGAAGCCGGCCGCGUCGACUUUGACUCAUCGGAACUGCUUUACAUGUACAUGA